AUGUCAGAGGUAGAGUCCCCCCCCAAAGCAUCCAGCUCCCAGCUGAAUCAGCCAUGUACCCUGGCCGAGGCUAACAUUACGAAGAGCGGAACUUCGCCAGACCGCGACGGCAUUCAUGCCUCGAAUGGUCGGGCCUAUGAUAAGUAUCAUUUCCAAGAAAAAAAUAUCCACUCGCACGGCAUUGAGCUGGAUGACGAUGAGGAUGAAGACAUUGACCAGCUCAUCGAGGAUCUUGAAUCGCAGGAUGGCGAAAAUGCCGACUACGAAGAAGAAGAAGUGCAACAGCCAGGUGGUGCUCGCCUCAUUCCAGAAGAGCUUCUCCAGACCGACACACGCAUCGGCCUUACAUCGGCCGAGGUUCUCAUACGGAGGAAAAAGUAUGGUGAGAACAAAAUGAAAGAGGAGAAGACGAACAAUUGGGUCAAAUUUCUCCUGUUUUUCGUUGGUCCGAUUCAAUUCGUCAUGGAGGCAGCCGCCAUCCUUGCCGCCGGUCUCCAAGAUUGGGUUGACUUUGGUGUCAUCUGUGGAUUAUUGCUCCUCAAUGCAAGCGUUGGCUUCAUCCAGGAAUAUCAGGCUGGAUCCAUCGUCGAAGAGCUAAAGAAAACGCUCGCUCUCAAAGCCACUGUACUACGCGAUGGCACCUUGGUCGAGAUCGAAGCACCAGAUCUCGUACCCGGAGAUAUCCUACAGGUCGAGGAAGGUGUCAUCGUCCCUGCAGAUGGACGCAUUGUCACCGAAAAUGCUUUUAUACAAGUUGACCAAUCUUCCAUCACUGGCGAAUCCUUGGCCGUCGACAAGCAUCGAGGAGAUACCUGCUAUGCUUCUUCGGCAGUAAAACGCGGUGAGGCUUUUGUCGUCAUCACAGCCACAGGCGACUCUACUUUUGUUGGUCGUGCUGCUUCUCUCGUUGCUAGCGCGUCAAGUGGACCCGGUCAUUUCACCCAAGUGCUACAGGACAUCGGCACAAUACUGCUAGUUCUUGUCAUUGUGUCACUCCUAGUAGUCUGGAUAAGCUCCUUCUACAGGUCCAACCACAUCAUCACCAUCCUUCGGUUCACGCUUGCUAUCACCAUCGUCGGAGUACCUGUCGGUCUUCCUGCUGUUGUUACAACGACAAUGGCUGUUGGCGCUGCAUACCUUGCCAAAAAGCAAGCCAUUGUACAGAAGCUCUCCGCUAUUGAGUCGCUUGCUGGUGUUGAAAUUUUAUGCUCCGACAAGACCGGGACAUUGACAAAAAACAAACUUUCAUUAGCUGAACCUUACACCGUACCUGGUGUCGACCCAGAAGACCUCAUGCUUACUGCUUGCUUGGCCGCUUCGCGCAAGAAAAAAGGCAUCGAUGCUAUCGACAAAGCGUUUCUCAAGUCUCUGCGAAACUACCCACGUGCUAAGUAUGUCUUGAGCAAGUACAAGGUCAUUCACUUCCAUCCUUUCGACCCGGUGUCCAAGAAGGUCCAGGCCGUUGUUGAGUCGCCGCAGGGUGAACGUAUAACAUGCGUCAAAGGUGCUCCACUGUUUGUCCUUCGAACGGUUGAGGAAGACCAUCCUAUUCCCGAGAACGUCGAUCUGGCAUAUAAGAACAAAGUUGCUGAGUUUGCUUCUCGAGGCUUUCGCUCGCUUGGUGUCGCCCGUAAACGAGAGGAUGAAGGAUGGGAAAUUCUUGGGAUAAUGCCGUGCUCAGAUCCUCCGCGACAUGAUACUUACCGAACCAUCAAUGAGGCCAAGUCUCUGGGUCUGUCAAUCAAGAUGCUAACUGGUGAUGCUGUUGGAAUUGCGCGAGAGACUUCGCGUCAGCUUGGUCUUGGCACAAACAUUUUCGAUGCGGAGAAGCUUGGCCUGAGUGGAGGUGGCGAGAUGCCUGGUUCAGAGUUUUAUGAUUUCGUUGAAGGUGCUGACGGUUUUGCUGAGGUGUUUCCGCAACACAAGUUCAACGUCGUUGAAAUCUUGCAACAAAGAGGCUAUCUCGUUGCAAUGACUGGCGAUGGCGUGAAUGACGCACCAUCGCUGAAAAAGGCAGAUACUGGAAUCGCCGUUCAAGGCGCGUCUGACGCGGCUUGUUCGGCUGCUGACAUUGUGUUCCUUGCCCCUGGCCUCUCAGCCAUCAUCGAUGCUCUGAAGACAUCACGGCAGAUUUUCCAUCGCAUGUACGCUUACGUUGUAUAUCGAAUUGCCCUCUCGCUUCACCUCGAAAUCUUCCUCGGCUUAUGGAUUGCCAUACUAAACGAAUCUCUGAACCUUCAACUGGUUGUGUUCAUCGCCAUUUUUGCCGAUAUUGCAACUUUGGCUAUUGCCUAUGAUAAUGCACCAUACAGCAAGACCCCAGUCAAAUGGAACCUACCCAAGCUCUGGGGCAUGUCAAUUCUGCUGGGUGUCAUUCUCGCCGUGGGAACAUGGAUCACCAUGACAACCAUGAUUCCUUACCUUACUGGUGAGCAACAAGGUGUCAAUGGUGGUAUCGUUCAGAAUCAUGGACAGCGUGAUCCAAUCCUGUUCCUCGAGAUCACAUUAACAGAAAAUUGGCUAAUAUUCAUCACUCGCGCCAAUGGCCCCUUCUGGUCGUCGGUCCCUUCGUGGCAGCUUGCGGGUGCCAUUCUCGUCGUGGAUGUACUUGCAACAUGCUUCACGAUAUUUGGAUGGUUUGUUGGUGGGAGGACCAGCAUUGUUGCUGUGGUCCGUGUAUGGGCCUUUUCUUUUGGUAUUUUCUGCAUCAUGGCAGGAGUUUACUACGUUUUGCAGGGGAGCCAAGGGUUUGACAAUCUCAUGCAUGGAAAGCUGCUCAAGCGAAAACAGAAGCAGAGAAACCUUGAAGACUUUGUCGUUUCGCUACAGCGAGUGUCAACGCAGCAUGAGAAGACAACGUAG